GGAGGAGAAAGGCAAGGUUCCACAAGUCCAGGAGCGCCUCAUUGACAUGUAAACGAGGGGCCCCUAUAAAGGCAGUGCUGCCUUCAGUGCGCUCUGCUACGACAACAUGGGCACUGAGCCUGAGACACAGGGCAGCUCUGGCAGCCCUGCCAGCAACUUCCGCAAGAUCUCUAAGCCGCUGAUGGAGAAGAAGCGACGGGCACGCAUCAAUGUGUCGCUGGAGCAGCUCAAAUCAUUGCUAGAGAAACACUACUCACACCAGAUCCGAAAACGCAAGUUGGAGAAGGCGGACAUACUGGAGCUGAGCGUCAAAUACAUGAAAAGCCUUCAGAACUCGGUGCAAGGGCUCUGGCCGGUCCCCAGCGGAGCCGAGUACCCGGGCUUCCGCGGCUGUCUGCCGGGCCUUAGCCAGCUUCUGCGGCGCGGAGAGGAGGGCGGCGGCGGCCUGCGCUGCCCUCUGGUGCACGAGAGCGCGGGUGGCAGCACCAUGGACAGCGCCAGCCCCGGCCCCGAGGCGCCCGCGCGGCUUGGUCCCUGCGCCUCCCCAGUUUGGGCCGCUGCUCCGGCCGCCGGCGGCUCGCGGUCCCCGCCACCCCGGCUCCUCUUCUCUGGAGGUCUCCCCGGCCCGACCACCAGCAUCCCCGCGCCGCAGUCGGCGUCUCGCCGCUUCGCCGAGAGCCCGGAGCCAGGGCUGCGCUUGUGGCGGCCCUGGUAA